AGCAUCAGUCGACCAGAAACUGAUGAAUACGGUGUACAGACAACUUGCUGCACAGCGUACAUAUUACCUGUCGAAUGCAUUGCUGAGUCAUCCGUAUGAUCGUAAGCACGGGCGCCGAUGAUCGGAGGCGGCGGGCGACGACGGGCGACGACGGGCCAAUAAUGGCGCAGCAGAUUGAGUUAAAAAAGGUCGAAAAAUUAAAGCCAAAAUGGAGGUCGAUUCUCUUCUCCCCGGCCUCUUUUGACUCAUUUCGCCCUCUCUUUCUCUCUCUUCCUCAUCCUGUCCUUACUCUUCACCCCUUCAUCCCACCCUCCCCCCAGGCCUGGCUGUCGUCUGUCACGAUGAUGAUGCCUUUAAGACCGUCAAAAGGCGCCAUGCGCGCCCUCCAGUGCCGGAGAUCCUUCGUCUCUGCGCGCUGUCAUGUAUCAUCCGUCACUGCAACCGCCAUCGCACCACUCCGCUCAUCCCUCCAAACAUCAAAGCGAUCCCAGAGCACAGCAACUGCUACCCCAGGUUCAAGACCCGUUCCGAGCCCUGCCUUCAAUCGGGAACCCCAGCGCAAUGAGGUUUCACCCCUGCAGAACCGGCAGGCCCCCGACCUCGAUGACUCGUACGUUCCACGGAUCCGGUUCUAUAUGGGGUUUCCGUUUGCCAAUCCGAGGACUAAUCUGGUGUUGCAAUAGAUUCGUCGGUCUUAGUGGUGGAGAAAUCUUCCAUGAGAUGAUGCUACGCCUCGAUGUAAAGCAUGUUUUCGGCUACCCCGGCGGUGCCAUUCUUCCUGUCUUCGAUGCUAUCUACAACUCAAAACACUUCGAUUUUAUCCUCCCGAAACAUGAACAGGGUGCUGGUCACAUGGCAGAGGGCUACGCUCGCGCUUCUGGAAAGCCUGGCGUCGUCCUUGUCACCUCGGGUCCUGGAGCCACUAAUAUAAUCACCCCCCUGCAAGACGCCCUCUCUGAUGGUGUUCCCAUGAUCGUCUUUUGCGGUCAGGUCCCCACCACCUCUAUUGGUACUGAUUCAUUCCAAGAAGCCGAUGUUGUCGGCAUCUCGAGGGCCUGCACCAAGUGGAAUGUCAUGGUGAAGAGCGUUGCUGAGAUGCCUCGUCGCAUCCAAGAAGCCUUUGAGAUUGCAACGACUGGCCGCCCCGGCCCUGUUUUGGUCGACCUUCCCAAGGAUAUCACCGCCGGCAUUCUCCGCAGACCUAUCCCCAUGAGCAGCACUCGGCCCUCUCUCCCCAGUGCCGCGGCAUUGGCGGCUCGUGAGCUAAGCAGCCAACAUCUCCAGGGCACCAUCGACCGUGUGGCUCGCCUGGUUAAUGUUGCCAAGAAGCCCGUUCUGUACGUUGGCAACGGUAUUCUUGCCGACCCAGAUGGUCCGAAACUCCUGAAAGAAUUUGCCGACAAAGCAUGCAUCCCUGUUACCACCACUCUGCAAGGUUUGGGUGGAUUUGAUGAGAUGGAUCCCAAGUCGCUUCACAUGCUGGGAAUGCACGGCUCUGCAUAUGCCAACCUGGCCAUGCAGGAGGCCGAUUUGAUUAUUGCCAUUGGCGCUCGUUUUGAUGACCGUGUAACUGGGAAUAUCAGCAAGUUUGCACCACAGGCGAAGCUCGCUGCUUCAGAGGGUCGUGGUGGCAUUGUCCACUUUGAGAUCAUGCCCAAGAACAUAAACAAGGUGGUCCAAGCAACCGAGGCCGUUGAGGGUGAUUGCACGGAGAACAUUCGCCUCCUCAUUCCUCAUGUCACCCGAGUUUCUGAGCGGAAAGAAUGGUUCGAUCAGAUCAACUAUUGGAAGUCCCGUUUCCCGCUUUCUCUCUACGAGCGCCAAACUGAGGGCGGCGCGAUUAAACCGCAAUCCGUCAUUGAGAAGCUCAAUGAGCUCACAGAGCCCAUCAAGGAUCGUACUAUCAUCACUACGGGUGUCGGCCAACAUCAAAUGUGGACCGCACAGCAUUUCCGUUGGCGUUAUCCGCGUACCAUGAUCACGUCAGGUGGCCUGGGUACUAUGGGAUUCGGCCUCCCGUCAGCAAUCGGUGCUAAAGUGGCUCGACCUGAUGCUGUCGUUAUCGACAUUGAUGGUGAUGCUUCAUUCAACAUGACCCUUACUGAACUUUCGACUGCAAAUCAGUUUGACAUUGGCGUCAAGGUCAUUCUGAUGAAUAACGAGGAACAGGGUAUGGUGACACAGUGGCAGAAUCUGUUCUACGAGGACCGGUACUCGCAUACCCAUCAGAAGAAUCCCGACUUCGUGGCACUCGCCCACGCUAUGGGAGUUUCUGCUCGCCGCGUCUCCAGCCCUGCUAAACUCGAGGAGGAGUUGAAAUGGCUUUUGGAAACUGAUGGCCCGGUUCUGCUGGAGGUUAUGACAGAUAAGAAGGUUCCUGUUCUUCCAAUGGUGCCUGCUGGCAGUCCUCUGCAUGAUUUCCUCGUUUAUGAUGAAGAGAAAGAAAAGCAAAGGAAAGCCCUGAUGAAGAAGAGAGGAGUUAAGUUUUAAUCAAUAAUCCGAAGAAAACAUAUGCAUAAGUCUGAAAACUAGGUUGAUCGACCUUCUUGUCAUAUUCUUGAUAUCCACGGCGUUCCUGGUGAUUGCAAAGGCACACUACUGGAAGGGGUGACAUAAAAGCAGAAGGAAAAGUGGACAAAAGUUGGAUUUAUUUUCCUCUAUUUCAAAAAAUUCUUUACUUGCUUCUCGUCCUUUUCCUCCCCCAAAAUGUGUCUCCUCGGCGAAAUCUCAAUCGGCUUUCUGUCUAUUCUCAAGUGAUUUACAGUUGGCGGAAUCUGCCAUGUACCCACGUAUCAUCUGUGCAUGUACAUACUUUUGAAUUUCCUUUUAAUAUUCUCAUUGGAAUAUAUUAUCCUGGACAGCAUUUCAAAUGAAGCGAAG